AUGGCCCAUCACAAGAACAACCGAUCCCGCCAAUCGCGGCAAAAGAGUGCGAGGCUGGCAGAGAGCGGUUUCAAUACCCUCCCACCCGAAAUCUUCAACCAGAUCCUCGGCGAGGUGGCUAGCAGAAACGAUUUGAGCUCCCUCAGUCGCUGUAGCCGCGGUCUCUACUGGGCAAUCUCAGAUAUUCUCUUCACCAGAGCAUUUGAGAAUCAGAUAAUAGUGGAAGGGGGAAUUGAUGACGCGGUCGCAUCCGUAUUCAUCCAUGCCGUCAGGCACGAUUCGAGGAACUUAAUGCAGUGGUUGAUGUUUAGAGAACAUGGCUCGCGAUUAAGAGGCUUGUUCCCUUGGAUGAAUGGUUUCACUUAUCUUCACUACGCGCUGCUCCAAGACGCCCCAAAGGUGGCUAUUCAGCUUCUCAAGCAUGGAUCCGAUCUCAACGAAGACGCAGCUCUUUAUCCCGACCUUAAAUCGCUCUACGUCGCCAUUGCCCGUCCUCUUAGCAAUAGGAUUGGGGCACUUGACGGCGCCCUUCGUAUCGCAUGCAGCUAUGCUCUCCCUAGGAUGGCUGAAUAUCUCCUCAUCCGAGGUGCUGAUCCCAAUGCUCACAGUGAUUUUGGGUUCGCAGCGAUUCACAUAGCGGUACGGCAGAGACUCCCGUGGAGUCAAUUCGAGCUAUUCUCCAUACUGAAUCAAGUUGGAGAUAAAGAAAGCGAGACUCAUGAUGAAGGAAAAGAUUCUGAGAUCAUUAAACAAAGCGAAAGGAAUCUCAAGAAUGCUAAAGGAAGAGGGAAAUCCAAGAGAGCCAAGGGACAAUCGGACUCGAAGAAUACUAAAGCAGAGGACACCAAGAGCACGAUACUAGAAGACCCGAAUACUCCAGAGAAAGACUCCAAGAGUACUAUGUGGGAAGCCAAAGUGCAUCAAACAGUCAAAGUAUUGCUGCGCUUUGGAGCCGACUGCAACCUAAUCGCAUUAAAUUCUCGUCACCACCAAUGCAAUCACGAGUGUUGGAAGUCGCUAUCCUGUGCUCCAAUUGAACAGCGUGUUCUCCAUAUUGCCGCUGCCGGUGGCUACAGUUCCGUCGUAUCAGAUCUAGUGGAGAAAAAGGCAAAUAUUUUCCAGGCCGAUGGGCAGGGCAAUCUCCCCGUUGUUCAUGCUAUGGCUCAAGGUCACGAUGAUCUUGUGGCUUUUCUAUUACAGUGCAUGAAACGGUAUACGAAAUUGAGAUCGAAAAUGAGCCGUGUUAACCCCAUUGUUUGCAUAUCUACGAGAAGCACAGCCCUUCAUAUGGCUUGUCGAUUUGGAUAUCAUAUUGUGGUUAACGACCUCUUGAAAGGGGGCGCUGACGUGAACAGAGUCGAUUCCCUAGGUCGGACGCCUUUACACGAGGCUCUUGCACAAUGCGCUCCAGACUUGGAGAACCGUCUCGUUGAGACGUUGUACCUACUUUCGGAGAAUGACGCGUCCCAAGAAGCCAUUGACUGUAAUGGUAGGAGGGCGGGAGAUAUGGGAGAGAGGCAUAGACUAUCGGGGGUUCGCACGCUGUUUGAGUAUGCUACUAUGGCUAGAUACGACUGGCAGCGUCUCACUGAACCGCAGAGAGACAGAAAGGGGAAUUUAGUGGAUAACAUACCAAAUCCAAGCAGUAGCUGGUAUGUGAAGGAAGAGCCUGAGAUUCCGCCACCGAUUCGCCAUGACAUGGUAUCGGCGGAGACUCCCAUUUAG